UCUCUCUCUCUCACACACACAAGCAGCACUUCCUAUCUCCCGGACCGUCACGUGACACGCUGAUGUCACGACUUCGCUAGGGCCAUGCCAGGGUUGUGAAGGAAACACAAUCGAUCGCCGAGAUCAUCGAGGGAGUGUGUCCCAGGCAGGGAGAUACAGGGCUGGUCUUUGGAGCGACUGGAGUCAAAAUGUAGGGCUGCCAGGUGACUCUGAUGCUGAACCAGAGAUGGGGUCAGUGACCCUCCCCCCUUUACCAUUUGAAAGCAAGAAAGAAUCAGAAGAAGAAGGCAAAUAAUUGAAAAACUAUAAAAAAGAAAAAAUGAAGAUUAACUACUAAAUGGCUUCAUAAUUGUGCCUUUGAGGACUAUGAAAGAGGACGGAGGAGAGUGAGUUUGGAGGAUUAACCAGAGCUAAACCCUCCCCCAGUAAUCAGGAGACUGCCAGAGACUGCACGGGUCUGAAGUUACCUGCAACUGCCAGCUGCGUAUGCCCUUUAUAAACUGCCGGCCUGGCCACCGCUGGAUGGAAAGUUAGAGUUGGCAUUGUGGUGCCUCUUUAAAGGACCUCGAACUCUACCUGAUACAGUUCAAGGUUUUGGAAGGCCAAGGAAAGAAAAUCUUCAAGGUGACAGUUACAGUAAUUUACAGUUUUACAGUGAUAGGAUGUUGCCGGCAGUAAUCCCAGACUUCCCUACUUGACAGAAAGUCGUCCGGGCUUGAGUGAACCCAUCAUGCUUUUCUCCUGCCGCAGUAAAGCCAAGUUGCUGGCCCUCACCUUAUUGCUGCUGUCUGCUGCCACCUGGUUGUACCUGUCUGUGGGGGAGACAGAAUAUGGCCAAUCGCUGGGGCCGGUAGCCCCUCGUUUUUCAGCCACACCGUCGUUCCAGAUGGAGUUGGAGAUUCGUCUGCGGGAAGCCGAGGAGGAGAAUAGGAGACUGCGCCAACAACUGGGGGAGGUUAGGAACGAGGAGCAAAGCACCGGAGGUGGGACUGAAGGGGACAAUAGCAGCCAUUGUGAGCACAGGAGCCUGACGGAGAAGUGUGAACUGAUCCACGUGGCAAUAGUCUGUGCUGGUCAUAACAGUAGCCGAGAUGUGGUGACCUUGGUGAAGUCCAUCCUCUUCCACAGGAGAAACCCGUUACAUCUGCACCUGAUCACGGAUGACGUGGCUCUGCGUGUGCUGGGGAACCUGUUCAACACCUGGAUGGUGCCGUCCCUGCAGAUCAGCUUCUAUAAUGCGAGUGAGCUGAAGCCGGACGUCGCAUGGAUCCCAAACAAACACUACUCCGGAAUAUACGGCUUGCUGAAGCUCACACUGACCAAGGCGCUACCCUCCGACCUCUCCAAGGUCAUCGUCCUGGACACGGACAUCACGUUUGCCACCGACAUCGCCGAGCUCUGGGCAAUCUUUAAGAAAUUCACAGGUGAGCAGGUUCUGGGUCUAGUGGAGAAUCAGAGUGACUGGUACUUGGGUAACCUCUGGAAGAACCACAAGCCGUGGCCUGCCUUAGGCCGAGGAUUCAACACAGGGGUCAUUCUGCUGCUUUUGGACAAGCUGCGUCUGAUUGGAUGGGAGGAGAUGUGGCGGCUGACGGCAGAGAGGGAGCUGAUGAAUAUGCUGAGCACUUCGCUGGCUGACCAGGAUAUAUUUAAUGCAGUUAUCAAGAGUUCCCCUACUCUGGUGUAUCAGCUGCCCUGUUACUGGAACGUGCAGCUCUCCGACCACACGCGCUCCGAGCAGUGUUACAGUGAACUGGCCGAUCUCAAGGUCAUUCACUGGAAUUCCCCCCACAAGCUCCGAGUCAAGAACAAACACGUUGAACUUUUCCGCACCCUGUACCUCACUUUCCUAGAGUACGACGGGAGCCUCUUGCGCCGGGAGCUGAUUGGCUGCCCGAGUGAAGGGGAACAGCAGGGGGGCAGCCAGGUGAGUCGGGCUACUUUGUCUCAGUUGGAUGAGGAAGAUCCAUGCUAUGAUUUCCGACGGGAGAGUGUUGCGUCCCACCGCGUCCACUUGUCCUUCCUCCCGCAUCUGACUCCUCCCCCAGACCCCUACGAUGUCACACUGGUUGCACAGCUCUCUAUGGACCGGCUGCAGAUGUUGGAGUUGAUUUGUCGGCACUGGGAAGGCCCAAUGAGCCUGGCCUUGUAUCUGUCAGACGCAGAAGCCCAGCAGUUCCUACGUUAUGCCCAAGCCUCGGAGGUGCUUCAGUCUCGCACCAACAUUGGGUACCAUGUGGUAUAUAAGGAGGGGCAGCUGUACCCCGUUAACCUCCUGCGCAACGUGGCCCUAAAGAACUCGCACACCCCCUAUGUCUUUCUGUCCGAUAUCGAUUUCCUGCCUAUGUACGGCCUCUACGAGUAUCUAAGGAAAUCCAUAGCACAACAGGACCCCGCUGGCUCCCCCCGGGCUCUUAUAGUUCCUGCGUUUGAGACUCUCCGUUAUCGUCUUUCUUUCCCCAAGUCCAAGGCUGAUCUGCUCUCCAUGCUGGAUACAGGGGCUCUCUACACCUUCAGAUACCACGUGUGGGAGAAAGGCCACGCCCCCACUGAUUAUGCAAAGUGGAGGACUGAAACCACCCCGUACCGGGUGGAGUGGGCGCCAGACUUCGAGCCAUACGUGGUGGUGAGACGGGACUGCCCCGAGUAUGACCAGCGCUUCCUUGGCUUUGGCUGGAACAAAGUGUCGCACAUCAUGGAGCUGGACGCCCAGGAAUAUGAACUGGUGGUUCUCCCCAACGCCUUCAUCGUCCACAUGCCUCACGCUCCCAGCUUCGACAUCUCCAAGUUCCGGUCCAGCGAAAAUUACCGCCUGUGCGUCCAGGCCCUUAAGGAAGAGUUUCACCAAGACUUGUCCCGGCGCUACGGAUCUGCCGCCCUAAAAUACCUCACGGCUGAGCGGAACCGAUGAAGCUUUUUGGUGCAAAGACUCUGCCAUGAAACACUACAGGGGUUUAAGGACAAUGGACUCUUCCUGUGCCUCUGCUCUUAAACAUACCUGCCUUAUCAUGAACCUUCAUUACAGGAGGUGCCUGGCCCUUUAAUAGGAACACGCCAGUUUCGUGUGCGGACAAACGAGCAAUCGGCUCCAGUUCCAUGGCCAACGGGGACGCGACUGCAAUCGCGAUCACUGGACGGAGACCGUCUCUCCUGGCGCAUUUCAAUCUCUCUCUUUAUUUAUAAUUAUUUAUGUUGAUAAUUCAGAUGAAAUUAAAAACUGACAGGGCAGGAUUCCUGAUUCUAUUUUUAAAAAAUAUAUAUUCAAGUUUCUUUUUGCAAUAAAAUGCUGCAAAAUU